UGGGAGUCGGGGCUUGCUCAAGUCUGUGCAAUCCGACAGCUGUGUCAUCUGCCACAGCCUUGCCCUGGAUGAGACGCGCACGAAGCACCCACGAAGCAGGAACAGCGGCAGCAGCAGGAGCAGCAGGAAUCCACAAGUUUCUUUGGUACCUUCUUCUGGUAGACCCUGUUCUGUGAAGUUUGAAUAUUGCAUCCUGGCUUCCAGUUUCGAAAUACGCUCAAGUGCAAGACCUUCCUGAUGGACGAACUCCGUGAAGGAAAUGACAGUUUUGCCAUCAAGUUAUUAAAGAUGUUGGGGGAAGCAGAAAAGUCACAAAAUGUGUUCUUCUCCCCGCUGAGCAUCAGCUGUUCCCUCGUCAUGGUCUACCUGGGGGCAAGAGGAGACACUGCAGCUCAGAUGUCACAGGUCCUUUGUGUGAACAAAGAUGGAGAUGUCCACCGAGGUUUCCAGUCACUUCUCAGCAAAAUUAACAAAACUGGCACUCAGUACUUGCUCAGAAUUGCCAACAGACUCUUUGGAGAAGAAACAUGUGACUUCCUUUCAUCCUUUAAGGAAUCCUGUCGGAAGUUUUACCAGGCUGAGCUGGAGGAGCUGUCCUUUGCAAAGAACACUGAAGAGUGCAGGAAACACAUAAAUGACUGGGUGGCAGAAAAGACAGAAGGUAAGAUUUCAGAGGUGCUGGGUUCUGGGACAGUUGGUCCACUGACUAAGCUGGUCCUCGUCAAUGCUGUCUAUUUCAAAGGAAAGUGGAAUGAGCAAUUUGACAGGAAGCACACAAGAGGAAUGCUAUUUAAAACUAGCAAGGAGGAAAAGACAGUGCAGAUGAUGUUUAGGAGUGCAAAGUUUAAAAUAAGGUAUAUAGAGGAAGUGCAUACCCAGGUCCUGGAGCUGCCCUACACAAAUGAGGAGCUGAGCAUGAUCAUCCUGCUUCCUGAUGACAACACUGACCUCACUGUGGUGGAAAAAGCACUUACAUAUGAGACGUUUAGAGCUUGGACCAAUACAGAAAAGAUGACAAAGAGUAAAGUUGAAGUAUUCCUUCCCAAACUAAAGCUGGAGGAGAGUUAUGACUUGGAGUCCUUUCUUCAACGUUUAGGAAUGACUGAUGCCUUCGAGGAAACCAAGGCUGACUUCUCUGGAAUGUCAUCUAAAAAGAACGUACCGUUGUCCAAAAUUUCCCACAAGUGUUUUGUGGAGGUCAAUGAGGAAGGCACAGAGGUGGCUGCGGCCACUGCCGUGGUCAGGAAUACUCGGUGCAGCAGAAUGGAACUGAGAUUUUGUGCAAACCGCCCGUUCCUUUUCUUCAUUAGGCACAAUGAAACCAACAGCCUCUUGCUUUGUGGCAGGUUCUGCUCUCCAUAAAGUGGUUUGGACGCUGUACUUGUCCCCUUUUCCCUUCUGCCUACCCAGUCUUGAUUAAAAAUUCAUUGUGACAAAA